UCUCAGAAUCCUCCACGCCGUAGAGCUCGUGCUCUCUGUCAAUUCGGCUCGUGUCGCCUUCAUCCCCUCGCUCCUCCCUCCAGGCGUCAUUCCUCUCCUCUAUUUCCGACAAUGUCUGCUCUUCGUCUCUUCCGACCCGCCUCGCGCCUCCUUUCCUCUCAGCGGUCUGCCUGCAGGGCUUCCGCUUUCCAGCCCGCCGCCUCUCUGCCUACGCUCUUGAACCGAAGAACAUAUGCUACCCCCAGCGGCGUCAAGGAUGUCACCGUCAGAGAUGCGCUGAAUGAGGCAUUGGCCGAGGAGCUGGAGAGCAACCCCAAGGUCUUCAUCAUGGGUGAGGAGGUUGCGCAGUACAACGGAGCUUACAAGGUCACCAAGGGUCUUCUCGACAGAUUCGGUGAGAAGCGUGUCAUUGACAGCCCUAUCACUGAGGCUGGUUUCUGUGGUCUUACUGUCGGUGCUGCCCUGGCUGGCCUGCACCCUGUGUGCGAGUUCAUGACCUUCAACUUUGCCAUGCAAGCCAUUGAUCAGAUUAUCAACUCGGCAGCCAAGACCCACUACAUGUCUGGUGGUAUCCAGCCUUGCAACAUCACCUUCCGUGGACCCAACGGUUUCGCUGCUGGUGUCGCCGCUCAGCACUCCCAGGACUACUCGGCAUGGUACGGUAGCAUUCCCGGUCUUAAGGUUGUCGCUCCCUGGAGCGCAGAGGACGCCAAGGGUCUUCUCAAGGCCGCCAUCCGUGACCCCAACCCCGUCUGCGUUCUCGAGAACGAGCUCAUGUACGGUGUCUCCUUCCCUAUGAGCGAGGAGGCUCAGAAGGAUGACUUUGUUAUUCCCUUCGGCAAGGCCAAGAUUGAGCGUCCUGGCAAGGACCUCACCAUUGUCACCCUCUCCCGCUGCGUCGGCCAGUCUCUCACCGCUGCCGAGCAGAUGAAGCAGAAGUACGGUAUCGACGCCGAGGUUCUCAACCUCCGUUCGAUCAAGCCCAUGGACGUCGAGGCCAUCAUCAAGUCGGUCAAGAAGACUGGCCACCUGAUGACCGUUGAGUCUGGUUUCCCUGCCUUUGGCGUUGGUUCCGAGAUCUUGGCCCUCGCCAUGGAGUACGGUUUCGACUACCUCAACGCCCCUGCUGUCCGUGUCACUGGUGCCGAGGUCCCCACUCCCUACGCCGCCAAACUCGAGGAGAUGGCCUUCCCUACCGAGGAGCUUAUCAGCAACUACGCCGCUAAGCUGCUCAAGGCAUAAAGGUGCUCGGAUGAUAUCAAAUAGGUUGCGUCAACAAGAAUCAUUUAUUCGUCCAAAUGUGUUUGGGAAAGGCAAAGUGGACGGCCGAAAUAAAUAAAUUGUAUUUAUACUAUACACUUUUUACGUCAUUAUAGGUGUCCAUCUGAGCAUGGUGUCGUGUGUAUAAUUUUUUAUUUCCUUGAAAACUCCUCCCGGCGAAAAACGCCGGCAUCUCGUGCGAAACCUGUUUGAUAUUUGAUUUGAGAACAUGAAUAUGCUUUGCACCGUAUCUCAACUACCCUUUCUCCAUAAAUCCA